GGGAGGAACAAACAGGACCUUCAAACACGCGUAGAAAAUAAAAACCAUAGAAAUCAAAGGGUCAAACGAUAGCAGCCCUCACCAGUUCGUCUGGGCAGCGAUGAGCGUGAAGGGGCGAGCGUCACGUCCCGAGGGCAAGACCGACCACGCCUCGCCCUGACGCCGGACGCCACGCGGGGACGGUUACCGACGAUCACCCGGAAGAAGACUCCUUCCUCCUCGUACUCCUUCCUCUCCCUUUCCCUCGCCUUCUACUCAUCCUUCUCCUCACCAGCGACUAUUAAGAUUCCUUCCUGCCUGAGAUCCUGUAUCCCAUCCGCCCGGAGGAGACAAUGAGUGAAAUGGGGAGAGAGUGAGGCUGCGAGCGGGCGUAGGGACACUGGGACUACCGGGCUUCCGUAUGUCACAGGGUCGAAAGUUGCCGGUUAACGAGAGGAGCUUUAGGCCUUCCUGCGGCGGACGGGGUCUCCUAGGACGCCCUGCAUUGUUCGAGGGUGUAUAUAUAGUGUGUUGAGAGGGAAAGGUCGUCAGUCAGCCCACAGCAUCCCUCCAGCAAGGACAAACCCGCCUCACAACCUCUAGCAGCAAUGGCAGCCAACGCAGGACUCUUCGCCGCAGUGCUGGUGAUGGCUCUUCUUGGACUCGGGGCGUCGGUAGUUGAGGACAAGAACAAGGACAAGGCCGAGAAGGACGCGCGCUUCUUCCUGCCGAUCCUCCCCACCACGGGCACCACCGGCAGCGGCACCGUUAACCCGCUGCUCACCCUCGGCGGGGACUCGACCGUGUACGUUGGCCUCACCAUCGCGGGGCUCACGGCGGCCGUCAUCGUCCUCGGUAUCCUGCUGGCCAUCGCUGUGGGCUUCGGCUACAAGAACAACGGCUCGGACUUCUUCGGUCACUCCGCUACCCCGUACUACGGCUCCUCUGAAAGCUCCUACACCGCCUACCGCAACUUGGAGAAAGCCGCCAAGAAGUACGAGGACUAAUUUGAAGGCAGUCCGUCCUCCACCCUCCAGCCGCCUUCACGCCCUCGACGCCGCUCACCCGUCCCUCUUCGCUUGCCCUUUCCACUUGACGGGGCGACAGGAGGAGGGUCAGGGUGAGAGAAUGGGGAGAAGAGAACGGUAAGGCUGUGAUAGACGGAAAAAAACGAAGGUGUGAGUGAGGGUGGAGGAUGAAGAUGCGGGUGAAGAAAAGGGAUACUGGUGGAUGAAAGAGAAGUAGAGCAAAGAAUGUGAGGGUGAAGACAGGCGAAGAAGGUGUAGAUGAAGAUGGAAGAAGAGGAUGAGAGCAAAGGAAGGGAAGAGAAGAUGAGUGAUAAAGAAUAGGAAUGAAAGAGGGAGUGAGGGAACAGGGUGCAAGAGGAGAGGAGAGGAGAGGAGGAGGAAAAGGAGGUGGGUAGUUUUAUCAGUGUCUUUCUUCGAGUCGGUCUUCCUCUGUCCUUCAAAUCACGUCACGACACUCGAAUUGACUACUUGCUCUAGCUUGUGUUCUCCUGACGUGUGGCGAGAGCAGAUAAAGGGCGACACUUGACAACUUGACUUAAACAGACUAUCUCUCUUGACGUAUAACAAUUACAGAUAUUGAACGAUACUUGACUUAGCUUGCCUUUAACAGACUUGCUCUCUUGACGUAUAACAAUUACAGAUAUUGAACGAUACUUGACUUAGCUUGCCUUUAACAGACUUGCUCUCUUGACGUAUAACAAUUACAGAUAAAGAACGAUACUUGACUUAGCUUGCCUUGAACAGACUUGCUCUCUUGACGUAUAACAAUUACAGAUAGAGAACGAUACUUGACUUAGCUUGACUCCAGGUUUGUUUUCUCCUGCCGUAACAGAUAUAGUAGAAUCAUGUACGUAGCUUAGGCCAGUAUCCUUCAACGCUUACGGUGCUCAUCAACUCAAUUACCGAAGGCCGCAGAAGUUAGUCGGAUUCUCAAUGGGUGUUUUUCCUCGUUGUACACUUGUCACUGAAGUAAUAAGCCUCCCCAUGGAAAUCCUGAGAGCUUCUAAGAGAGCAUUUUGAAACAGACGUGAUGUGGCGCCGAAGUGUUUGAAAAUAUCUACUAUUUUUCAUUUUUCUUUUGUAAAUUUUAUGGGAUAACACAUAGGAGUGGUAUAUUUUAAUUUAAUUGCUCAUUUUCUCCUUCUUCCCUAAUCAAACGCAUGCAUUUAUGUAUUUAUCAUUUAUUUAAUCAUUUACUUACAUAAUUCACAUCAUUCGCUCGUCCAUUUAUUCAUUUCUUAUUUCAUUUAUUAAUUGGCUUGUUUCAUCGUUUUCACAUUAUCUCAUCUCAGCUCCACCCAGCCCUAUAUCAUCCCAGCAAAACAUUAUCAAGUGACGUAUCCGUGACUCAAGAACAAGACUCACAUAACCAAGCGUUUUCUUUUUCUCUGACCGACUGACUCACGACUAACUGAACGCGACUCAGCCCACGAUUCAGGGACCAGACUCAGAUCCACGCUUUAAAAGAUUUCAUAAUAUUAAACGAAUGCCUCACUAACUACCUAAGCGAGACUCACUUAUUAUAAACCAGACUCAUAUUCACGUGUUCCUAUAACGAAUUUAACCAUCGACCGACUGACGACCCAAAAGCGACUCACUCAUAACUCACAAAGCACUCAUAUCCACGUUUUCCUUUCAUCCAUGACUCUUUAAACGACUUACCGACUGACUCACUAGAUCAAGACUCCUAUCCACCAAGACAAAUAACUCUGCGCCACUCACACCUUCAUCUUCCUACUUUUCAACGGGGUCUCAUUAUGGUGGUUUGGCUUCACGUGUUCCUUGGCCUGACUGAAAACACCGACUCGCGUUCUUAUCUUGGCAUGACACAUAUAUGCCUUGCGCGAUCUUUGUCAAGCCCACACCCAAAUUUGUUCUCUCCAUUUACCUCUCCUACAUGACCUAGUGCGGGCAUUAUAAAUAUGACUCAAGACUGACAGACGGACGGACGGAUUGCCAUAUAGAUAAACAGAUAGGACAUUACACACAAAAAAACUAUGAGAGAGAAAGAGAAAGCAAAUAUAUACGCCUUUUCCUUCCCUUUAUGAGUCACCCGGCUUACUCACACAUUCAUAUACACUUCUCUCUCUCUCUCUCUCUCUCUCUCUCUCUCUCUCUCUCUCUCUCUCUCUCUCUCUCUCUCUCUCUCUCUCUCUCUCUCUCUUACAUAAAUACGAACGAAACAUUUCAGACUUAGCGAAUCAUUGACGUUUUUCUCUGACUCAUGAUCACAACGAUGACUAACUUACGACUACUUCUUGAUGACUCCUAAAUGACAGCGAAUCCUUUCUGACGAUGACAUCUCUUCCUGUUCACUAUGACUCGCUUUUAACGAUGACUCUAUGCUGAUAAGUCGAUUAGUCCCUCUUGAUAAGUGCUUACGAUUGAGUACUGCCCCGAUGACUGCUUAAUGACGACUUGCUCUUAAUUAUCUUGUUGAAGACGACUCCCUCCUCUUGAUGACUCAGAUUCUCUAUUAAUGGAACCUCAUAACUUGUAUAUUAACUCCAAAGUCUUCCCUCGUGACAUAUUUUAUCGCCUAAGUCUUCCACUAGGGACAACCACUACCAUCAUCACCAGCUUGUUACACUAUACGCCAAGGGUCAGUUACUGCAGUGCUCUUGAUCUUUUCUCUCUGCGACCCACUUUCAUUUUGAGCUUCGUUAUUCUUAUGAUCCAUUAUUUCUAGUACUAUGAGCUGUGUACCUUCUGUCGUUUCCUGGUGUUCAGUUUUCUAUGAGUGAAGACGCGAGACCCAAACACAGCAACAGUCUAGAGUGAUUCAGUAUUUCUUAGUUGCACUUUGAGGAACUUUUGAGUAGAGUCUUGUCAUGUUCAUUUCCACCUGCCUUUGCCUCUCCCACCUCCUCCUCCUACCUGUCUGUACAUAGUCAAUCACCUGUCUGCAUACCUGUCACACACACACACACACACACACACACACACACACACACACACACACGUCUUUCAUCACGCGGAAGUAUGUCAUUAUCAAGAAGUGAAAGGAAUCAAUUAAACGUGUCAGAGAUAAAGAGGAAGAUUAUAAUGCACGCAGCUUUCCUUUAUCGCCUUCCUCUUCCCCCUUACUCAGUUCAGGUAAAUUACAGGUAUUGUUGUUAGCAUAUUAAUUAGGUAGAAAGGAAAGAUAAUGUGCCGUAAUUGAAGCGGUGAUUGAAGUGUUUAAUGUGUGUGUGUGUGUGUGUGUGUGUGUGUGUGUGUGUGUGUGUGUGUGUGUGUGUGUGUGUGUGUGUGUGUGUGUGUUGCAAUCUAAUUCAUCUGUUCUACUUUUGUUAUGAUAUUAGGGUGUUAAGUUAUUAUCAUUACUAUUAAGGUUAUUGUAAGCUGUUUCGAAGCCGCAAUUGUUUAUUUAUGCACGUAAUAUUGUUGUUGUUAUCGUUUGUUAUGUUGAAUAAAUACGAAAAGCUACCCGUA